AUGCUUCCCAGAUCGCUGCAUUCGACCAUUCUAGCUUGCCUACUGCUAGCGUCCGCGCUUAGUAUAGAAGGUGCCAAGCGACGAUCCCGCCUCGAUCUGCCUAUCUCGAAGCCCGCGGAUGCUCCGCUAGAGGACAACCUGGCGACUGCAUCCGGUUCCGAUGGCGUAGUAGACCGAGCGGAACCACCGGCUGCCACCGCGGCGGCCACCAAUCCGGUAGCGUCUCCCGUUGCCGCAGCCCCAGUUGCCACUCAAAACUCGCCGACAGCGGCCACGUCCACCGAAACGGACAACGCCAACAGUUCCGGCAGCGGCAGUGCCGAAAAUAGUUCGCAGAUGAUCGACGAGUACAGCGACGAAGACUGCGAUCCGGAUUUUGUGGCGUUCGAGUUGGUGACCGGAUACGUCUUCUCGGCACCGAAUAAACUGCUCGAUUCGAUUCCCGGCACCCUGAUGCUGACCGACUGUCUGGAGGCCUGUCAGAACAAUGAUUCAUGCGCCUCGGUCAACUACGAAACUGGGCUCUGCGUGCUGUUCUCGUCCAAUUCUGACAAAUUACCAGGUGCCCUCACCAAAUCCCAGUUCCCGGUGUUCACGAUCUACGCCCAGAAGUCCUGCCUGAAGUUGCGCCCGUGUGAGCGCGCCUGGUGCAUCGACAGAGUGCAAGGCUACAAGCUCAAUGGUCACGUCAAGCGUACUUCCCAGGUUCUCAACCGCCGUGACUGUCUGGAGAUGUGUUUGGGCGAAAAUGAAUUCACAUGCCGCUCGGCCAACUUUUACCAAUCGACGAUGACUUGCGAGCUAUCCGAUAUGGACCGAAUCACGUUGGCUGGAUCCAGCGCAUUCCAAUCCGCUGACGGAUCGGACUACCUCGAGAACAACUGCGCCGAAGAACCGACCAAGCUGUGCGAAUUCAAACGUAUGUCCGGACGUAUCCUCAAAACGGUCGACUCUGUCUAUCAGGACGUUGCUAGUGUCGAUGAGUGCCGUGAACUGUGCUUGAGCUCGCCGUACCGCUGCCAUUCGUACGAUUAUGGUGACACCGGAGAUAUGGUGUGCCGUUUAUCUCACCACAGCCGCGCUACGCUUGCCGACAUUCAGGAUCCCUAUUUAGAUGUGCCAGAAGCUGCUACCUAUGAACUGUCAUCUUGCUACAACGUAUCCAUUGAAUGCCGUGCCGGAGAUAUGAUCGCCAAGAUUCGCACUUCCAAACUGUUCGAUGGAAAGGUCUACGCUAAGGGUGCGCCCAACUCUUGCUCCGUUGAUGUCAAAAACUCUCUCGAAUUCGAACUUCGCAUGGGCUAUCAAGACAUCGAUUGUAAUGUUCGUCAAAAUGGUCUCGGCCGGUACCUAAACGACGUGGUUAUCCAGCAUCACGAUACCAUCGUCACAUCGUCUGAUUUGGGACUUGCUGUCACGUGCCAGUAUGAUUUGACAAACAAAACCGUUUCGAACGAUGUCGAUCUAGAUGUUGCUGGCGAUAUCGAGCCUGCGCUAUCGGAAGAGGUGGUUGUCGACUCUCCGAAUGUUGUAAUGAAGAUCACCACUCGCGACGGAUCGGAAAUGAUGCGUACUGCCGAAGUUGGAGAUCCCCUGGCUCUGCGUUUCGAAAUCCUGGAUCCACAAUCGCCAUACGAAAUCUUCGUUCGCGAACUGGUUGCGAUGGAUGGCGUCGACAGCAGCGAAAUUACUCUCAUCGAUGCUCGUGGUUGUCCAACCGAUCACUUCAUCAUGGGACCAAUCUACAAGAGUGCUGGCUCCGGAAAGAUUCUCCUGUCUCACUUCGACGCCUUCAAAUUCCCAUCGUCGGAAAUGGUUCAGUUCCGAGCUCUUGUUACACCGUGCAUGCCAACGUGUGAACCAGUACAGUGCGACCAGGAUGACUUCGCCGCCGGAGAACUGCGCUCGAUUGUAUCAUACGGACGCAAACGUCGUUCCGUCAAUGUCACCACGGAAUUCAGCCGCCAGCGUCGGGAAACUACCCAUCAGGCACCUCAGGACGACAUGCUUCUGGUUCAGUCGAUUCAAAUCACUGACAAAUUCGGAUUUGAAAAGCAACAAGCUAAGCCCAAGAUUAGUAGCAGCGAGACUGUAUUUGUUGCAUCCUCCGAUGCUCAGGGUAUUUGUGUUAACGGACUUGGUCUUCUCGUUGCCGGAGCCGUAUUUUUGCUCGGACAGCUUGCCAUUAUUGCCAUUUGGACCUACCUGUGGCAACGUCGCAGGAAGCAGCGCCAAUUCGAAAACGCUUCGAUGGGCUCCUCAGUGAUGCCAAGCCCUACAAUGGCCGCUGCUCGAGGGGAUUCCAUGUGCAAAUUGUACGAUAGCGGUUAUGCUGGCAGGCACUUCUAA